ACUACUUCCCUUUGUUUAAUUCUUCAUGUCAACAAAGGGCGACGGAAGUGAUGUUUAGGAAGAGGAAGUUGACCGAUGAGCAGGUGACUAUGCUUGAAUAUAGCUUCGAGAACGAGCAUAAGCUUGAGUCAGGGAGGAAAGAGAAGAUUGCGGGAGAGUUAGGUCUUGACCCGAGACAGGUGGCUGUAUGGUUCCAGAACCGCCGUGCAAGGUGGAAGAACAAGAAACUCGAGGAAGAGUACGCUAAACUCAAGAGCCAACACGACUCAGUCGUCCUCGGCCAAUGUCAGCUCGAGUCUCAGGUGCUAAAACUGACAGAACAACUGAGUGAAGCUCAGAAUGAGAUACGAAAACUUUCAGAACGACUUGUUGUCCAAGAAACAUCAACUUCAAGUUCGUCGUUUUCUGUUGAAGCCAAUGAUGCACCAACUGAUUUCGAAUUUUCACCAAUGGAUACAAUCAAUUACAACAUUCCAUUAUACAUGUUGGAUAAUAACUAUUAUUUACAAAACAUGGAGUAUUGGGAUGGUUUGUAUGUGCAAUUUUAACAGCUUAAGUAAUUUGAAGUCUUAAGGAUGAAAAACAUGUUCUAGAGGUAAUGUAGAAAUAGAUGUUGGCCACACUGUUGUAAAUGUAAUGUUUUAAGUAUCUAUUUUAAUAGUAUAGAUAUAAAAUGGUUAUUCUAGUUUCUUAUUUUUCCUCUAGUUUCAUACAUAUAAAAAUCUGAUUUAUUGGCUAAUAUACAUAAU